AUGCAUGAGCUUAUCUGGAAACCUCCGGCACGUUACGGUGGCGCUGAGACUGAAAUCCACCGGAGUCGCGAUGCAAACUCGGUCACCACCAAACCAGGAGAAAUGCACUGCAGCAAAAGCGCUGGUCUUGCCGGUCAGCAGGUGGUCCGGGUGAGCCAGGCCGGCGUUGUUGAUGCACACGUCCACGCCUUUGUGCUGCGCCUUAAUGGCGGCGAACAUGGACAGAAUAUCCUCCUCCUUGGUCAGCCGACCACCUUCAUGCCGAGCCGGACCAGCUCUUUGGCCACAACCGCCCCGAUCCCGGCCGAGGCUCCGGUCACCAGGGCCACCCUGCCUCUCCAGCGGUCCAUCACAGCUGCCAGACCU